UUCCGAGGCCGCAGACGCUCACGCUGCGUGGCACCUGAGAUCCAGUAGUUACAGCUACAGGGGACAGCUGCAAAUCCUAACACUGGGCUGCUACUCACAAAUGCACCGCUCUAGGCUCUCCUCUUGCAGCCCGGGAGCUGAGGGCCUCAGACACGGACGCCUGCAGGAUCGCGGCCUGCGGAGGCGUUGGAGUCCGGAGCUACGGUGGCCGCGCAGGGCCUCAUCCCGCACGUCGGUGCGUCCGCGCUGCUCGGCGCCGCUGCUGGAGCCAGAGUGUGUCCUGCUGUGGGGACUCCUGCGCGCCUGCACAGUUAUCCAGUCCUGUGUCGCCGAGGGGUCGGCCUGAGGCUGGCGGCGUGGAGGAGGUUGGAGCUUGGUGUUUGUAGUCUCCGGAUGGCCGGUUCUGGGGACCCCCGCCCUUGGUGCAGACCCGCGGCCAACGGUCUGGGUUCCCGGAGGGCUUUGGAACUUCUCUGGAUUCUGCUUCCUCCUGCGGGUUACCUUCCGACGUCCCUUCGCCCUUUGAACUUAUAUCGACUUUAAUAGAAGAAUGGAAUCAAGUGAUGGCUUUUUCUUUAGAAUUUGAAUAUGGAGGCUUCAGGAACAGAUGAAGUUGACAAGCUAAAAACUAAAUUUAUAUCUGCUUGGAACAACAUGAAAUAUAGUUGGGUGUUGAAAACAAAGACAUAUUUUAGUAGAAAUUCACCUGUUUUAUUGCUUGGGAAGUGUUAUCAUUUUAAAUAUGAAGAUGAAAACAAGCUGCCGCCUGCAGGAUCAGGGUGCGCCAUCGAAGACCAUGUAAUCGCCGGGAACGUGGAAGAGUUCCGCAAGGACUUCAUCUCUAGAAUAUGGCUGACCUACAGGGAGGAGUUCCCUCAAAUAGAAGCUUCUGCCUUGACGACGGACUGCGGCUGGGGCUGCACUCUGAGGACUGGCCAGAUGCUGCUGGCCCAGGGCCUCAUACUGCAUUUCCUUGGUAGAGCUUGGACCUGGCCUGAUGCACUGCACAUCGAGAAUUCGGACUCUGACUCGUGGCCUUCCAACACCGUCAAAAAGUUUACUGCGUCAUUUGAAGCGUCGCUUUCAGGGGAAAGAACGCUCAGAACCCCAGCGGCAUCCCUGAAGGAGACGGUGGGGAAGCACUGUGACGACCAGGCAGUGCGGAACGAGAUUUACCACAGGAGAAUCAUCUCUUGGUUCGGAGACUCCCCCGUGGCUGUCUUCGGCUUGCAUCGACUGAUCGAGUUCGGGAAGAAGUCUGGGAAAAAGGCUGGCGAUUGGUACGGACCAGCCGUGGUCGCUCACAUUUUAAGAAAAGCAGUUGAAGAAGCGCGGCACCCUGAUUUGCAAGGAAUAACUAUUUAUGUUGCACAGGACUGCACAGUUUACAAUUCUGAUGUCAUUGACAAACAGACUGAAUCUGUGACCUCUGGAGAUGCACGUGACAAGGCUGUUAUUAUUUUAGUUCCUGUUAGACUUGGUGGAGAGAGAACCAAUACGGACUACCUGGAGUUUGUGAAGGGUGUUUUAAGCCUCGAAUACUGUGUAGGUAUUAUUGGCGGCAAACCGAAGCAGUCCUAUUACUUUGCUGGAUUUCAAGAUGACAGUUUGAUUUACAUGGACCCUCAUUACUGCCAGUCUUUUGUAGAUGUCAGCAUAAAGGACUUCCCCCUUGAGACGUUCCACUGCCCUUCUCCUAAAAAGAUGUCAUUUCGAAAAAUGGAUCCUAGUUGUACGAUAGGAUUUUACUGUCGAAACGUCCAGGACUUUGAACGAGCAUCUGAAGAAAUCACUAAGUGCUCCAUCCACCUGGACGCCCUGACUUCCCAUGAGACUCUUCAGAGUCCAGCGAUUCCUGGCCAAGAAACAAAGAGACAAAAGCAAAACCGUCCUACUCCUCAGUGGAUUCGGAUGAAAACUGGAAACGAAACCAGGGAGAACUCCAAGAGAAGACACUGGAGAACAAAGCUGGGUCUGUGAGGAUUCACACGAUGACAAGAGUGAGGGUUUACAGUGAAUCAUGGUCCUCAGUCGAUCCUGGCAGAUGGAGUUCAACAUAUUUGUUUGUUUUUGUUUUUCUCUGUGUAGCGUUGGCUGUCCUGGACUCUCACUGUAGACCAGGCUAGCCUCAAACUCAGAGAUCCACCUGCCUCUGCCUCCCCAAGUGCUAGGUUUACAGUGCUGUGCGUCACCGCAAGCACCUGCUGUUUAGCGUUUUUAACCUGGAGACCUGGCCGUGUUUACGUUGGGCAUGUGGUUUGCCCAGUAGUGAGACGUAGAACCUUCCAAAACGGCAACAACAGCAAAUGCUGUAGUUUUUGUUUGACAGUUUUAAUAUAACUAGCACAAAUAGCCACCAUUUGCUUUAGAAAAAGUCUACUCUUUUUAAGUAAAUUGGCUCAAAGCAGAUGUCAUUCUUGUUUCAGAAACUGUUUUGCCUUGUUAUUCAGUUGAAGCAUGGAUGUAGCGUUGGAGGGCUGAGGGAUGCUACGUGGAGAGAAAAUAGCGAGCCCACAGAACAGUGAAUUUAAGCAUCUUUUCAAAAGCAUUUCCGCCCUCCUCCCUUCCAAUUUAGCUCUCGGCUUCCUGUUUUUAUUGGGUUCCUAUUUCAAGAGGCAAAGGAAGAUGGUUGUUGGUUUCCCCCGCCACUACACUUUCAAAAGGAGUGUGGAAUUUGAGAAAGAAUGGAAGUUUUGAUUGCUGUGAAACAAAUCUCACCCAAAUUCAUUUUCUUUUUUCUUUAAAAUAUCCAUGACAGUAUGAGGACAUCUAUAUUUUUGGACUAAAUUAAAGUAUAAUUUAAUUUA